AUGGACACCCAACGAGCGACAGAACUAGUGAAAUUCUUUGGAAUCCCCACCCGACAACUCAAUACACCGAUUGGCACAAAAGGGUAUGAUGGACGAGCUGGCUCAACCAUCACUGAUGCUAUUGUUUGCCACCUGCUUGUGGGCAAACGACGAUUCCUGAACCAGCCCUUCCUGAUUGCCGACUUGGGCCAACAUGACAUGAUCAUUGGACGGAAAUGGUUCGACAGCCAUGAUGUCUGGUUGAAUGUGAAACAUAGAAAACUGGUUUGGCCAGAACAACGGAGCUGCUUGGAUGACAUCCAGAGCAAGCAGUAUUUGGAGGCUCCAAAACAGAUCCUGCAGCGUCCUAAGCCUGACCCUACCCACCAGGCUGAUAUGGAGCGACGUGAUCGACGAAUUGAGAAAGAAGAACAGAAGGAACAGUACCGAGUUCCUCGGAAGGAGGAAGCAGACCGGCGAUCAGACAUGGCCAAGAUGUCACGCGCCCUACAGGGUCAGGAGAUUAGCACCAUCACUACCAAUUCAAAGCCCCAAGGGAGGACAACAGACCGAUCAGCAAUCCAAAUUGAUAUCGCAGCAAUUGGAGCAGCACCAUUCCAAAGACACCUGAAGAGAAAGGACACUGAGGUCUUCAUUGCCAGCCUGUCUGAAAUUGACCGCAUCAUUGAAGAAAAACGCGAGAAGGAACGCCAGAAGGAAGAUCACAAUGAGCAGGAAUUGGUACAGCAACUACUGCCCAGACAGUACCAGGAAUAUGCAGAUGUUUUCUCCAAGGCCGCCUCUGAUGAGCUGCCCCCUCAACGGACGAAUGACUACCGGAUUGAACUGGAGGAAGGGAAGACUGCAGAGUCAGAAGUGGGAUAUAGCCCCCUGUAUAAGCAGACUGCAGAGGAACUGGAGGCUGCACGAGACUACAUUGUGGACAACCUCCACAAGGGAUUUAUUGGACCCAGUGCAGCCCCUUUUGCCUCACCUAUCUUGAUGGCACAGAAGCCAGGGGGUGGACUACGGUUUUGUGUUGACUAUCGAAAGUUGAAUGCCAUUACCCGAAAAGAUCGAUACCCCAUCCCAUUGGUUGAUGAGUUGAUGGAGAGAACCAGUGGUGCAAAAAUCUUUACAAAACUGGAUAUACGACAAGGAUUUCACCGAAUUCGACUUGACCCUAAAUCUGAAGAUUUGACCACCUUUCGUACACGUUAUGGGACCUACAAAUACCAUGUGGUUCCUUUUGGACUCACCAAUGGACCAGCUGCCUUCCAGCGAUUCAUCAAUGACACCUUGAUGGACUAUUUGGAUGAUUUUGUUACUGCAUUUGUGGAUGAUCUGCUCAUCUAUUCAAAGAAUGCUAUUGAACAUGAGCUUCAUGUGAAGAAGGUGCUUGAACGGCUACGCGCAGCAGGACUCCAAGCUAGUAUCAAGAAGUGCGAGUUCCAUGUUACUCGGACAAAGUAUCUCGGAUUUAUUUUAACAACGGAUGGCAUUGAAGUAGACCCAGAGAAGACUGCUGUGAUCUGCAACUGGGCAGUGCCAACCACUGUUCGAGGUGUGCAAUCAUUCCUUGGGUUCUGUAACUUCUAUCGAAGAUUCAUCAAGAACUACAGCCGCAUUGCUAAGCCACUGAACCACCUGACGAGGAAGGAUGUGCCAUUCACCUGGACUAAUGUAUGCCAGGAAGCUUUUGAGGAAUUGAAAAAAUAUCUGACUGACGCCCCGAUACUGCGACACUACCACCCUGAAUUAGAGACGAAGCUGGAGACUGAUGCAUCAGAUGGAGUGGUGGCUGGAGUACUCUCCCAGAAGCAUGGAGACCUCUGGCACCCAGUUGCUUAUUAUUCAAAGAACAUGUCUGAUGCUGAGCGCAACUAUGAGAUCCAUGACAAGGAAAUGUUAGCUAUCAUCCGCGCACUGCAAGAAUGGCGUGCUGAACUUGAAGGACUGCAACUCCGAGAACGCUUCAACAUCUAUACAGAUCAUCGAGCACUAGAAUACUUUAUGACAACAAAGAAGUUGACUGCACGGCAAGCCAGAUGGGCUGAGUUCCUCUCCCGAUUCUAUUUCCUGAUUCGAUACCGACCUGGACGAGAGAAUACCCUUGCAGAUGCCCUUAGUCGACCAGUGACAGAUAUCCAGAAGAAGGAUGAGUACCGUCACCAGAUCUUGCUGAAGCCAGAGACUGUUGAAGCACCAAUUCAGGUGAAUGACCUGGAGCCAGCAUUACAGGUAGUGGAUCAGAUACUCAAGGCCAACCGCAACUCUGCUACAGCAGAAGGAUAUCACAAGAAAGCUCAAGAGGGAAAGGAUGACUGGACUCUCCAAGAUGGCCUGCUACUGAAAGGAAACCGAUUGUUUGUUCCUGAUGAUGACCCUGAACUCCGCACCCGACUGCUUGAUGAAGUGCAUGCACAAGUAUCAACUGCACACCCAGGGAGAACAAAAACCCAACAGCUCAUCAGAGCACGAUACUACUGGCCAACCUGGAGACAAGAUGCUGAAAGAUAUGUACGGAAUUGCUCAAAAUGUCGGAGAGCUGAGAACCCUCGAGAUCAUGUUCCAGGGCUUCUUCAACCUUUACCCAUUGCUGAGCGCCCCUGGCAACAUAUAUCUAUGGACUUCCGUUCCUUUCCAGUUGACAAGAAUGGAUAUGACGCUGCACUAGUGAUAGUGGAUCGAUUUAGCAAGAGACCCAUCAGCAUUCCCUGCAAGAAGACUGCCACCUCUGAAGAUGUUGCACGCAUGUUCAUCAAACAUGUUUACCGGCAUAGGGGGCCUCCAUCAACUAUCGUAUCAGACCGUGGACCCCAAUUUGUGUCAGCAUUCUGGGAUGAACUCUGCCGAAUCCUUGGAGUUCAGCUGAAGCUAUCAACAGCCUACCAUGCUCAGACAGAUGGACAGACAGAAAUUGUGAAUCAGCAUAUUGUCAACAGACUGAGACCCUUCAUCAACCGCUACCAAGAUAACUGGUCUGAUUUGCUGCCAAUGAUCGACUUUGCUGCAGCAACAUUACCAUCUGAAACGACUGAAGCAUCACCAUUCCUUGUUGAUUGUGGAUAUGAGCCUCGGACCUCAUUUGAUUGGAUAUCGAUUGAAGGAUCCCCUCCCAGAGAUGAGAAGAUUAGUCGACAACGAGCUCAAGGCACUGCCAAGAAAAUGAAGAAUAUAUGGACUGCAGUGGCGGAACAGAUUAAGCAUGCACAGGACCAACAGAGAAAACAAGCAGACCGACGACGUCGCCCUGUUGACUUUGACAUAGGCGAUAAGGUGUGGCUCUCCCUUCGCCAUUACCAGACUGACCGACCAAACAAGAAGCUUGAUAGCCAGAUGGCUGGACCCUUCCCAAUACUCGAACGGGUGGGUAACUCCUAUCGAUUAGAGCUCCCUGACUCAAUGAAGAUACACCCUGUGUUUUCACCAGACAAGCUCCGACGGGCAGCCAAUGAUCCCUUGCCCGGGCAGAUGACCGAGCCUCCAGAACCGAUUGUGGUGGCUGAUGAACAGGAAUGGGAAGUGGAAGAGGUGCUUGCCUCACGCCUAUGUCGGCGUCGGUUGCAGUACCAGGUGAAAUGGAUAGGAUUUGAUGAGGACCGAACUUGGUAUCCAGCCACCAACUUCAAAGGAUCUCCACAUCGAAUACGUGACUACCAUCAGAAGUACCCUGAUCGCCCAGGACCACCAUGUCGACUGCAGGAAUGGCUCAAGGCCUGGGAGGAAGGAGUUGAUGAGAUUGAGGACCAUCCUGAUGAUAACAUGCCCACACAGAGUCUGGGGACAGACUCUGCCUAA